ACUAUUUUACUCUCUCUCACCGUGUUUCUCAAUAUGGUUGCUGAAACGAUGCCGGCCACAUCCGAUGCUGUGCCAUUGUUAGGUACAUAUUUCAAUUGCAUAAUGUUUAUGGUAGCUUCAUCCGUUGUGUCAACGAUUUUAAUAUUAAAUUAUCAUCAUCGAAAUGCUGAUACACACGAAAUGUCCGAAUGGAUACGUGUGGUAUUUCUAUGUUGGUUACCAUGGAUAUUACGCAUGCACCGACCAGGUAGACCCAUCAUUAUGGAUUUCACAUCGACACCAUGUUCGGAUACAUCCUCGGAGAGGAAACAUCAGAUAUUAUCAGAUGUGGAAUUAAAAGAGCGCUCUUCCAAAUCGCUACUGGCUAACGUCUUGGACAUUGACGAUGACUUCCGCAAUGUACGACCCAUGACACCGGGCGGCACCCUGCCCCAUAAUCCAGCAUUUUAUCGUACUGUUUAUGGGUAUUUAGAGAAUUUGCAAGGCGAUGAUGGCAGUAUAGGACCGAUUGGUAGUACCCGCAUGCCGGACGCUGUCACCCAUCACACAUGUAUUAAAACUCAAACGGAAUAUGAAUUAAGUUUAAUAUUAAAGGAAAUACGUUUCAUCACGGAUCAGCUUCGCAAAGAAGAUGAGGAUAAUGAUAUAGCCAAUGAUUGGAAAUUUGCCGCUAUGGUCGUUGACAGACUGUGCCUUAUCAUAUUCACAAUGUUCACAAUAUUAGCUACAAUAGCUGUACUACUAUCGGCACCACAUAUUGUCUCGUAG